CCGCUGCGAACAAACAACAGGGCGGGGGCGGAGUUCUCUGUUCAACAAUGACACUUGAGAACAGGUUUAAGACAUGCUGCACGUCAUCGCAAAAACGAAAACGAGGGUGACACAUGCCAGACAGACCCUCGCGAUCCCUGAUGUCACUCCAGAGAAAAAGAAUCCGCCAAGGCGCCAAAUAUGUUCGUUCAAGCCGCCGCCGUGUGCUUGCGUGGAUGGCUUCAAACGAUGGCCUUGUCGAUCACAAACGGAUCUUGGAUUUUGCUGAUCUUGGCUUGUUGUAAUGAUGUAUGUACCUUUUUUUUCUCGAUGUUUUCCCGAAUCAUGGUCAAAAGUGCCUAAAUACAGAAUAUGAUAAUCAUCUCUUCAUGUGAAAAUUGUCCGGCAGUUCUAAACCCAGCAGCAGCAGUGAGUGAUAUGGCAACUUGAUCAGCCCAGAGCAACACAUAUACACUUAUACCGAGCCCGCCAAAUUCACGCGCCCAAAAUGCAGAAUACCCGGACGUUUGAUGACUGGGCAGACAGAAGCAAUUCUCGUGGCGCUUUCCAGAACACGGAGAUUAUUUGGAUGGCUGGAAGUCGGCUUAAAAAAAAAAGAACAGAAAAGACUUUCCCACUCGCACCGUUUCCUCCCCGCACCUCUUGAGGACCAAGAAAAGAUGAAGAUUCUUUUUAUGGAGAGCUCAUUCUUCUUUCAUAACAAGGGGGGAGAAAUAAAGAUAAAUAAAUAGGGGAGGCUCGAAGCGUUUUCAGCGCCAUAUCACCAGGGGUUUGGGUUCCAAUUUCUUCCGCAGGCGCAAGGUGGUAUCCGCUAACAAUCACUGAUUGGCUUUUGAACGAUGGGGCACAGCAGUCUGAUUCGCCAAGUUCUUCAAGAUCCCUCCCCCAAUUCACAAAGGACUAUUCCGUGCAUAAGACAGGCUACACUACGUCCCGUUGAUCGUUUGGCCGAAGCGUGCUAGCUUCGGAGGCGACUGCUCACUUUAUGCAACCUCCGGGCAACAGCGCCUCGAGGAAUAAUAAUGGAUGGCCGCCAGAGGCAGGAGGGCCGUCGCAGCUUGGACAUUGUACCUUCAGUUGCAGGAGAGCGACCAAGCGAGAUGGCACAUGAAGCUGUAUUAUUCCCGUUCUUUUCACGGGAUGGCUGAGCGACAUUGCCACGUUUUCAGCUUGAAAACCUGGCUCAUUUUUGCCCUGCAUGAAUUCUUCUCGAAGAUUCGACCCAGGAAGAAGAGCCUUGUGAAAAUAAUAAAUGUGAGCAGAUGCGACCGUCAAAACAAAAGGGUUGGGAGUGGCCUCAUCAAGGGAAAUGACUUUGGGUGAAAAGUCGCCAAUAUUGUUCUCUGUUUUGUUCUGUGUCCUGGCACUUGUGCUUAUUUUUAUUUUUUUUAUUUUUUUUAUUUUUGUUUUUUGUUUUUCCCAGUACAUGCGACGGGUGGCUGGACCGACCUUGACAACUGAAUGGAAUGGGGGGCUUCGUACACUGAGCUAACGGGUCUCCUUUCUUAUUGGCCCAGUUCGCCACUGGUCAGAUUCCUAUCUCAGGCUAUCUUGCUGUCAAACCCCGCAACUGGGAAAGCAUUACGACAGCAGAUGCAAGAAUACGGGUCCGGGCUAUUGUAGUGGCAGCUGGCCCUGGACCGAUAAAGCUUUGCCAUACAUAACAUGUUACAACUUACCACAAGAAUGCAUUAUUUAUCUCUCGCAGAGCUGUUUGAAGAGGAACAAACGGAAUUGUUUCUGUUCAGCCCUGAAAAUAUAGGACCUUCCUAUAUCCAAAAAUUGGGGGAUACGCAUGUUAAAUCAGUUGCGUAUGGAUAUACUCCGUACGGAAUACAAGUUUUAAGGAAAUAUCGCCCCGGCAUUUGGCAUUUGGGCACACCUUUUCAUAUGUUCCCUCAACCUCUGGCUGGCGUCAAAUGAUUCGCCACUGCUAGCUCCCUCUCCAGUCAAGCUCUCUCUGACGAUGCGUCGAGAAUCCUACCAUGCCGCUUUCCCAGUUUUUAUUAUAAUUAGCUGUGGGUCUUCUACCCCCUCAGCCGUCCACCCUUGUGGGCUAAUAGUGCCUAGCAUGACCGUCGCUGUUUGGUAUUUUGGCCGUGUUGGCAACAUAACCGAGCUCCCGUUGCAUGUGAACUAGCCCAUCUGGAGACAUUUGGGGCGGAAUGAACCUGGGGGUUGUGGAGACGGUUUUCCUGAUUGGGCAAAACCCACAGGCAAAUCAUGCCCCCAGUGUCUUGGGGACAAGUUGAGGUUCCCCUGGAUACUCGCCUUCGUGGCUCUGGACCCCGUUUUGCUUAUAAGAAGCGGCAGGCCCGGAUUCACCUGCCGCGUCGUCUCCCUCCUUCCUCCCCAUCGUCGAACACUCGUUUUCUGCUUCAAAAUCAAUCCGGUCGUUUUAUAGCAUAUCCCAACAAUACAAAAGUUCUUCGCUUUUGUCUAUAUAGACCUUUAAUACAUUUUCAAGAUGCAAUUCUCCCACGCUCUCAUCGCCCUUGUUGCGGCCAGCCUUGCCAAUGCGCAGCUCCCUGAUAUCCCUCCCUGCGCGCUGAACUGCUUCGUCGAAGCCCUCGCUGGCGAUGGUUGCUCCAGCUUGACCGACUUCGAAUGCCACUGCAAGGUCCCCACUCUCCCAGGCAAAAUCACCCCUUGCGUUGAGGCUGCCUGUGAGCCUGACGCGCAAAGCUCCGUCUCCAACAUCGUUGUCUCCCAGUGCUCCGCUGCUGGUGUCCCCAUCGAGCUUCCCCCAGUUGGUGGUUCUCCCACCGGUAGCUCUGCUGAGCCCACUGAUGCUCCCACCGAUGCUCCUACCGACUCCCCCACCCCCACCCCAACUGAUGGAGAGCAGACUCCCUCCGGCGUUCCCUCCGGAACUGGUUCUUACACCAUUCCCGCCCCCACUGGCAGCGUCCCACCUGGUGAAGGUGCUGGCUCCAACCUGAACACCAACAUUGGAGGCGUUGCUGCCGCCAUCCUUGCCGUUGCUGCUUACCUGUAAAUUAUUCCACCUGUGAUACCGGGGCACAUUAUCGAUGACUAAAAGGGAUGGACGUUCAUUUGGAUUUCUGUCCUAUUUGCCGGAUUUUGCUAGCAUCGUUGUAUGGAGCCGCAGUUAAUUUUAACUAUUUGUUUCCUUUUUUUAUAUGUAACAUUUUGAACUAUAAUAUCCUCCCCCUCCGCCAGUUUUCAAGUAUGUAUAAAGAUUUCGUUGUAUAUCGCCCUACGCAAUCAAACGUUUUUUUUUCUGGGAACAUAACUCCUUUUUCUGCUUAAUAUGCCAUCAGUGUUAUCCAGGUAAAAUGCAUACUGGAUUUCAUACGCCGUUCGCUCUCUUCUCUCUUUUCGUCUGCUCAGGGGGAUGAAGUUCGUCAUGGCGCAAAGCAACUUAAGAUGAAGUUUCCUAUGCCCUUUUCGCUUCCCAACGGUCCGGUGGACAAAUCUCAGAUAUCCAGUUGCGGCUUUGUCGUAAUUUCUCUACACUCCUUCAUGUCUACUUUUUUUAUAUCUUAUUAUUACCACUGCCCUCUCGGAGCCAAUCCUGUGUCAAUAGCGUAGGUGUACGAGGGGAGUAAGAAACAAAGAUAUAAUAACUAUUUUGAAAUAGACAUGGCGUAACUUAUACAUAUUAUUCACACAAAAGUACGGUUGAAGUCACGUAGGUAUUUACUUCUCAUGAUCAUGAUCAUGAUCAUCAUACUAUGUAACAGUUCUGUAGAAUAGGGAUUGGAGGUUUUGUACCCACCCAUAUGUAGCAGUUGAUAUGAGCAGAUCCAAUCCUUCUUCAUCACUAUAGUUUG